AAUGGCGGAUGAGUGUGGAGUCGUAGGAGUACACAUUUGUGUCAUGGAAACCUGAAAUAUUUAGGCAAGAAUGUCUUCUUGUGGGCUUUUUAUAAGUUUCAGUGACGCAUUACAUCAGCUUGAUUUAUCGCAUAGGACAGCCAAUGUGAAAACUCCAGUACGAUGCGGCUAAGAAGUAAUGUUAUCGAUUACUUGGCGCUGUUUGGGUUGUUACUCCUCUCAUAUAGAGGUACCGGUGACGCUGCGAGAAGUACUUUUGCAGCGAUCUCCAAAGAUGAUCUUACACGCUGGAAUCCUUCAACUUGCCAGUAUGUAAGCCAUCUAUUCAAGGCAAAGAAAAGGGUUGUAAACAAGUUAGCUAAUAUACUGGCGAGCAAAAAUCCGAAAGAGCGUAAAGAACUCACGAACGCUCAAGUAAAAGCGAUUACAAUCUUUAGGAACGAGCUAAAUGUUACAGAAAGAGCAGUUUUUGAUGCCAUUAAUGGCUUGAGAAAAUUACUACUGGAGGAUUAUAAGUCUGUAGUCCACAUGAAAGAAGCUAUAAAACAACGACUUGAAGCACUUAAACUUUUAGCGUUACAACAAGAAGAUCAUUUUAAUGCAAUCAGCGACGCAGAAAAAGAAUUUUUUUCUGCCAGUAAACAUGCGGAUUUGCAGACCAAUGGCACACGUCUGGAGAAAAUUAUUGGCAGUAUUUUAGAUGACGUUUCAUUUGCAGCUGAUAAACUUGAAGAAAAACUUGACGAGAAAACAUUUGAGAAGACAAGAAAUGCCAAAGGGGCAUCAAUUGAAGCUGUUGUUAGAUUGAAUGCUGAUGAAGAUAGUCAAGACAGUGAUAACGAGACAUUGGUGGUUGAGCCUGGUAAAGAAAAUGAAAUGAGCAUUCUUGUUGAUUCUCAAAGCAAUCAGUUUGUUUUAGCCAAAGCUAAAGAUGCGACUAUUCCACAUGAAGAUGUACACUUCAUCAAGGAUAUCAUCUAUAUUUUGGUUUUGUCAUUUUCUGGAUCCUGUAUUUGUACACUAGUUCAGUUGCCAACAAUGUUUGCAUUUGUAAUUAGUGGUAUGCUUCUAGGACCAUCUGGAUUGAAUAUGAUCAAGACAGUUGUGCAGGUGGAAACACUGGGUGAAUUUGGGGUCUUCUUUAUUCUGUUUGCAGUUGGCAUGGAAUUUUCACCAGACAGAAUAAAAAGGGUAUGGAAAGUGGCAGUUGGUGGUAGUUCACUAAUUAUGGCACUGAUGAUUGUGUUCGGUAUUUUUUGGGGAGUAUGUUUUGGAAUUAUCCCCAAACAGAGCGCAUUUGUGGCAGCAUGCCUUUCUCUUUCAAGUACACCACUUGUGGCAAAAUUUGUAGAAAGCAAGAGUGGAGAUACUUCUUCAAAAGAACACACUAAUGGAGAUGGUGACUACACCAGUUCUUUGUUAGGAAUUCUUGUGAUGCAAGAUGUCCACUUGGGUUUGUUAGUUGCACUUCUUCCUGCACUGGCAGGCCAUGGGAAAUCACCAAAUGCUAAAGCUAGUACUGGCGCAGUGCACAAUAUCAUCAGUGGGCAUGAUCAUGGGAAUUCAGAUGACUUUGCAAACACCAUAGUGAUGUUGUUUGAGGUGUUGCUUUCCUUUGUCAUCCUCAUGUUUGUGUGUUUUGUGAUAUCUAAAGUUGUUGGACCAGUAUUAAGAUUUAUCAAAGACACUGGCAGUAAAGAACUUUUACUUUUAGCGACUGUUUCAACAGCGUUUUCUCUGUUGAUGCUUUCAGAACAGUUAGGAAUCUCCAUGGAGCUGGGCUGUUUUGUGGCUGGUGUUGUGUUGAGCUCAAAUGGGGAACAUCUUGUACAUCAGGUGAACGAACUUGUCGAACCUCUGCGCGAUUUCUUCUCAUGUCUUUUCUUCGCUUCAAUCGGUCUACAUGUUUUUCCUACGUUUGUGCUGAAUGAAUUUCCUCUCGUGUUGACGCUCACCCUGGGAGUUGUAUCAGUGAAGUUCGUUGUUUCUGUGUUUGUUCUUCGGAUGUUCUUAUGUGAGUCACGAAGCACAAAAUACAUCGUUGCCGCUGGACUCGCUCAAGUCAGUGAAUUCUCGUUCGUUUUGGGAAGCCGAGCGAGGAGGUUUCAUCUCAUUUCUAGAGAGGUUUAUCUGAUCAUCCUCAGUGUUACAACAAUUAGCCUCCUUCUUGCUCCUCUGUUGUGGAGAAUUUCCUUGUGGAAAUUUGGAAGCCGAAAAUUAUGGAUGAAUUCUGGCUCAGAGCGGACGAGUAAACGAGCUGCCAGAACAGUCUAAUGUCAUGUUAAGGUUUUUACGAAACUUCUAAGGCCCUGUUUACAAGCAAGGAGGGUAACCCUUGUGCUAGGGUUACCCUAGCAGGCGGGUCAAAGA